AUGAAAGACGGUUAUGGAGACCAAUACAAUGAGACCAAUUCUAUUACUAUUUCCGAAAUCGUCUCUUCAUCGUUAGAAACAUUUUCAUUUGUUCAAGAUUUAACAACACCAAGUGAAUGUAUUCCAAAGCCGGUUAUAUUUAGACCAGACUAUCCAUCGAAUCUAAGAAUACGCUGUCAACCAUUUGGAGCGGACGAUCCCAAAUCAUCACCUUCAGUUGAACGUCAUCACAAAAAAUCAAAAAAAGAGAAAAAACGAAAACGCUUAAAAACUGAAUACGACGACAAUUAA